AUGGCUGGAGCAAUGGACACCAUGGAUGACAAGGACCUGGAGGCCCAUUUCAGCAGAGUGUACAAGCAGAACCUCCUGCCUAUGAUCAGGAACCUCAAACUGCUCGAGGAGGUCUCCCCGUCUUGUUUGGUUCACCUCCAGGAGAAGAAGAAAGAAACCAAAUUGAUGCAAAAAGCUCUGGAGGAGAAGCAAGAGGAAUUCAAGGAGAGGAUGGAAGUGGUGACCUGCCGGUGGAAGGAGCUCCACAACAAGAAGGCUGAACUGAAAAGCUACAUGGAGAAAUCUGAGAGGAUUUUAAAGGAAAAUAAGGAGAUGCAAACAAAAGCUGUGAAGAAAGCCACUGAAGAGAGAGAGAAGAAGCUGCAAAAGGAGAUAGAGCUUUUGAGAGCAAAUAGGGAACUGAAAGCCCUGAGAAUUAAGCACCAGAAACUCUCCAACAAAGUACAGAAGUACUACAUCUUCCACAAAUAUCUUGAGGCUGUGGUGAAGAACUCAGAGUUUGAGGACAUCGAGGAGAUCCUUUUGCACUAUGAGACACUGGUGAGGAUGAGGAAGGACCUGUGGCAGUCUCAACAGCAGUGCAAGGAGAUGUCUGAUCAAGGCAACGUGCUCCUGGACCAGUACAAGGCAGAGAAAGAUGUGGAGAUUCUGCACUACAAAAAGGAGCUGCAGGAGCUCCAACUACAUUUUGAGCAGGCUCAAAGUGAUGUCCAUCUCUGGGAGGGUCACUGGGCUGACGUCCAGACCACCAAUGCCAAGAAAGCCCAGCUGCUGGCAAUGAUCAAGAUGGCCAUCUGCAGCCUCUUCCAGACUGUGAGCACGCAGCUGAAAGCAAACCUGAAGCUUCUGAGGGAUGACAGCCACAGACAGCUGGACAUGAUUCAGCAGUUCAUCCAAGACCACACAGACCUCCUUUUGGAGGUGAAACGGAUAGAGAUGCAGAACUGCCAGCGAGCAUCUCUGACCACGGAGAUAUAA